UACCGCGACAACGACGAGCCGAACAGUAGUGUUGCAACGGUUGCACUGAUCCGAUCACUUUACACACAUUUUUAUCCGCCGCAGAAUGAUCAAAACAGGACUGGGAUCGCUAGUACCGAGGAUCCUGCGGCAACAGACGGCAGUGGUCCCUGGCACGCUAGUGUCGGUGAAAAAUUAUGCAACCGAGGCAACGUUCGAGACAAAGCCCUUCAAACUGCACAACCUGAAGGAAGGGCCCCCGACCACCGGCAAGGUGACGAAAGAUGAAGCGGUCAAGUACUAUCGGCAGAUGCAAACGAUCCGGCGGCUGGAAACGUCGGCCGGCAACCUGUACAAGGAGAAGCUGGUGCGCGGGUUCUGCCAUCUGUACUCGGGGCAGGAGGCGUGCGCCGUCGGCAUGAAGGGUGCGAUGCGCCCCCAGGACAACAUCAUCUCCGCCUACCGGGUGCACGGCUGGACGUACCUGAUGGGCGUCUCGCCGCAGGGCGUGCUGUGCGAGUUGGCCGGCAAGCAGGGUGGCUGUGCGCGGGGCAAGGGCGGUUCGAUGCACAUGUACGCGCCGAACUUUUACGGCGGCAACGGGAUCGUGGGGGCCCAGGUCCCGCUCGGUGCCGGUGUUGCGCUGGCCUGCAAGUACAAGGGAAACGAGGGCGUCUGUCUGGCGCUGUACGGUGACGGUGCGGCCAACCAGGGCCAGAUCUUCGAGGCGUACAACAUGGCCCAUCUGUGGAAGCUGCCGUGCAUCUUUGUGUGCGAAAACAAUGGCUACGGUAUGGGAACGAGUGCCGAGCGUGGUUCUUGCAACGUAAACUACUAUCAACGCGGCGACGUGCUGCCGGGCAUCUGGGUGGACGGUAUGGAUGUGGUUGCGGUCCGGCUGGCCACCGAGUUUGCCAUCAACCAUGUGCUGAACGUGGGUCCGGUUGUGAUGGAGGUGUAUACUUACCGCUACUCCGGCCACUCCAUGUCCGAUCCGGGCACGAGCUAUCGUACGCGCGAGGAGGUACAAGAGGUGCGCCAGACGCGUGAUCCCAUCUCUUCGUUUAAGGAUAAGAUUCUCGCCGCCGGUUUAGUGACGGCAGAUGAGUUAAAGGCCAUGGACAAUCAGAUUAAGAAGGAGGUGGACGAGGCGACCAAGCAAGCUAAGGCAGAUGCCGAAAUUGGCCUGCCGGAACUUUCAACCGACGUGUACAGCCAAAACCAGGAGGGACCAAUCCGCGGUUGUAAUCCCGGGUCGUGGCUUAAGCACGGCACACUGAACCGUGCCGUUAACCUGUAAUGCGCCUGCAGCGCCUUACACCAUUCAUCAAGUGACCUUUGACGUGGAAAACCAACCAAAUACAGAUUAGUCUUACACUUUUA